AUGGAUUACGACGCUUUGCUGGAAGAGGAGGCUGCCGCUUCAGUCGCUCGGCCCGCUUCGAUCCCUGAUAUCGCAGAGGUGGCCGAGGGAAUACGCAUGAAUUUCGCUCGGCUUUUGGUGGCUGGCGGAUGGGCAGAGGCCUGGGGCGUCGAAUUCGAGCACUUAUUCGGGUCGACGCCGCUUGCUACUUCAAAGGAAGCCAUCGCCUCGUUUCCCCGGCACAAAUUCGACGAGCUGGCGGAGAAACAAAAGGAUGGGCAAUGCCUCGUCUGCUUGGAUGCCUGGAAAAAUGAGGCGGACAAGGAGAUUUUGGAAUUGCCCUGCCGCCACUUUUUCCAUUCCGACUGCAUCCUGAUGUGGCUGGAGAAGGCGAAUUCGUGUCCGGCAUGCCGCCAUCGACUGCCCACCGAUAACGAGAAUUUCAACGAAUACCAGCGUCAAUUGGAGCGUCGCGAAGCCCGACAGCGAGAUGUGGAAGAGCUGCACGACAGCAUGUUUAGC